UCGUAUGCUGAAGCAACCACAGGCAACGAUGGACAAUCUUCCUGAAGAUUUGAAGAUGGCAAUACUUCUCCGCUUGCCUGUCAAAUCUCUCCUGCGAUUGAAGUGUGUGUCCAAGUCAUGGUUCUCUCUGAUCUCAAACCCUAAUUUCGCAAAACUGCAUUUUCGGGGAACAUCCCAACGUUCCCAUCGAUUCCUCUACACAACUGCUUCAGAAAUCCGAUCCAUAGACAUCGACACGCCCCUUCACCGCGAUUCUACUACUGUAAGUCUCGAUUUCCCUCUUAAUCAACCCCGCACUCAUUUCCAUAUUUUGGGUUCUUGCCGAGGUCUUCUUCUCGUCCUCACCAAACAACAAAAUCUUCUCCUCUGGAAUCCCUCCACUGGUUUCCACAAGCAUAUCUCACAACCUCUCGUAUCGAAAUUCGUAGUUCCGUGCGGCUUAUGUUACGAUGAAUCCACCGAUGACUACUUACUUCUGCUUGCAUCACGUAUCUCUGAUAUCAUUUCAAGCUUUUAUGUCUUCUCUCUGAGAACCAAUUCAGGGCAAAGACUUGAUCUCGAUAAAGAAUUUAUCAGUUAUCUCCCAAUCAGAGGCUCUUCAGUGUUCAACGGCGCAUUUCAUUUGUUAGUUUGGCUUCGAGGGGCUCCAUCGACAGCAAAAAUAAUCAUCGCAGUCGAUAUAGCAACAAAGAAUUUACGAGAAGUACCAACGCCACCAAAUGAUGUUAAUUACACAACAUUUGGUGAUUUGGGAGUACUUGGAGGAUGUCUUUCACUGACUGAGUACAAGGGUGACGAUGAAAUCAGGAUUUGGAUGAUGGGAGAGUAUGGAUUGAAGUCAUCUUGGAGUAAGUUCAUGUCUGUGAAUCGUCAAAUUACGAGGGAUAGGAUGAUCAGUCACGAUAUUUUGCCAUUGUGCUUUACAAAAGACGGUGAACUUGUUGCAGUAGAUAGUCAUGUAACAUUAUCUAAAUGGAGUGACAAAGGAGAGCUCUUAGAACAUCAUGAAAUUUUUGUUCAUCCACGCACUCAGUUUUGGAGACCUAUGAUUCUAUAUACUGAAACUUUACUUUCCUUCCCUUGAGAUUGUAGAUUGAUUUGAUCAGGUUUUGUUGAUUAGU